CCUUCGCCUAUUCUCAUCUUCCCUUCGAAAUGCACCCUACGCCACUAUCGCCCUCCGUCGCGAGGCUGAAACUCCCUGGAGGAACGUCAAGGAGUCGAGUGUCGGCGGAAUCCUCCGCAAGGAACUGCACACCUCCGCAAUCUUCCAUCGGCGAUGCCUUCAAUCACAUUGACGGCCUACACAAUCUUUUUAUUAAGUCUCGCGAUCGACAUGAUUCCGUCAGUGAAAAUAAUCAAGACAAGUCUCUUUACUCGUUCAUUUCACUUUGGAACCGAAUUGAUUUAUCGAGGUUGUUAUCGACGGAGUCGCAAGAUUGAAAUAAUUUCUUUCAAUUAUGCUACAGAUACAACAUCUAAUAAUUAUACGUAACUUAUGAUAUGUUCUUUCCGUAGCACAAAUACAACGUAAAUUUAAAUCUGAAGUAAAUCGGAACAAUAUUGUUAACACUAACAUUUUUUUUAUUUUAUAAAAUAUAGUGACCUGAUUAAUUUCUU